UCUCGCCGGUUACACUGCUACGCCUAGGCUGACUCUUCGAAGUCCCUCCCGGCCCUUUAAAUACCGCGUGGGGGGGAGGGGGGGCGGGGAGGUUGGGGGUUGUUGGACUGGUGAGUGAGUUUUCGAGGUGUUUGAGCGGUGUUCGGUGAGGGGACACCCAGAGAUCCUUGAUCCAGGCUCACUCAGUCGCCUUUCUCCUCCGCCUGUCUCCGCGCCAGACCCGGUGUUAUCCCACACUCGCGUGACACAAAAUGCCCUUCAAUGGUGAGAAGCAAUGUGUGGGUGAAGAUCAGCCAAGCGAUUCAGACUCUUCCCGGUUUUCCGAAAGCAUGGCUUCCCUCAGUGACUCUGAGUGCUCCAGGCAGAGUUUUACGAGCGACUCUUCCAGCAAAUCCAGCUCUCCUGCUUCAACAAGCCCUCCCAGGGUAGUAACAUUUGACGAAGUGAUGGCUGCAGCAAGGAACUUAUCAAACAUGACACUUGCUCAUGAAAUUGCUGUAAAUGAGAACUUUCAAUUGAAACAAGAUGCCCUCCCUGAGAACAGCUUGGCCAGUCGAGUGAAGCACAUUGUCCACCAGGCCUUCUGGGACGUCUUGCAGUCAGAACUGAAUGCUGAGCCUCCGGAGUAUGAACAUGCCAUCAAACUGUUUGAAGAAAUCAGAGAGAUUCUCCUUUCUUUUCUGACUCCUGGCGGCAACCGGCUUCGCAACCAGAUCUGUGAAGUUUUAGACACAGACCUAAUCAGGCAGCAGGCUGAGCACAGUGCUGUUGACAUCCAAGGCCUGGCCAACUAUGUCAUCAGUAUCAUGGGAAAGCUCUGUGCUCCUGUGCGAGAUGACGACAUCAGAGAGCUGAAGGCUACCAACGACAUCGUGGAGGUGCUGAGACAAAUAUUUCAUGUCCUGGACCUCAUGAAAAUGGACAUGGUCAAUUUUACAAUUAGGAGUCUUAGACCACAUCUUCAACGCCAGUUGGUGGAUUAUGAGAGAACCAAGUUCCAAGAAAUUUUAGAAGAAACUCCAAGUGCUCUCGAUCAAACUACAGGAUGGAUAAAAGAAUCUGUAAAUGAACUGCUUUCUCUUUCUGAGACGGCUUUAACUCCUGGGGCUGAAAAUAGCUCUAAGCCAAGCCUGAGCCCUACACUGGUGCUAAAUAACAGUUAUUUAAAACUGUUGCGGUGGGAUUAUCAGAAGAAAGAAUUACCAGAGACACUCAUGACAGAUGGAGCACGUCUUCAGGAACUGACAGAAAAGCUGAAUCAAUUGAAAAUUAUUGCCUGCCUGUCCCUAAUUACCAACAAUAUGGUGGGUGCUCUUACAGAAGGCCUUCCUGAGCUUGCAAACAGGUUAAAAAGGAUUUCAGCUGUUCUACUCAAAGGCAUGAACAAAGAGACCUUUAACUUGAAGGAAGUCCUGAAUUCUAUUGGUGUUCAGACUUGUGUUGAGGUUAACAAGGCCCUGGUGGAGAGAGGUUUAUCCAUUUUAAAUGCUGAGGUCGAAGCUAAUCUUAUAGGUCAAUUUUCAAGCAUUGAAGAAGAGGACAAUCCUAUCUGGUCCUUGAUUGAUAAACGAAUCCAACUAUACAUGAAAAGCCUACUUUGUCUUCCAAGUCCUCAAAAAUGCAUGCCUCCCGUGCCAGGAGGCCUUGCCAUCAUUCAGCAGGAGCUAGAAGUGCUAGGCUCUCAAUAUGCAAACAUUGUGAAUCUCAACAAGCAAGUGUAUGGACCAUUUUAUGCAAAUAUACUUCGAAAGCUGCUCUUUGGUGAGGAAGCCAUGGGAAAGGCUGAUGCUUCAUCUGCUAACUAAAGAGGAACUGACAUUGGAUGCGAGGUUGGAAAUCUAGCACUUUGGUACCCAGUCUGUUUCCACCAGUGGCAUUACAGAUGUGGCACAUCCUCAGUCCUGCUUGUGGUGCAGCGUUAGCCUGAAUUUGUGUAAUCCAGUAAUAUUAGCAUUGCAGAAGACAUGCACAUAUAGAGACCCUAUUCAUGCAUCAUUUUCAAGUUCAAAAGAGAUGUUUUUAAUGGACAGAAAGCAAUUUAUAAUUAAUUAUAUUACCUAUAUAAUACUUGUAAAUGUUUUCUUAAGCAUUUAUAUGUGGCUUGUUCAUUCAACCUUUAAGGAGUUGUAUUUCCUCACUUGUCACUAUCAAAUCUAAUGAUUUUUAAUUUUGUUACAACUUCUU